GAGAUACAUUCCCCAUUAAGUUAGAGGCCCAAACAAAACGCAAGCCGAGCCCCGUCAUCCUCUUCCUUUUAUAUCUUCAAUCCGCAUCGGACUCGGCCUACGUCUGCUGUUGUCGUCGUCCACCCACGCUUCCCUUCAUUCAUGUCUCAAAUCUAAGUGAUAAACCCACCACCACACCACCUGUCUGUCAAUGCCAUUAAUAUAUUAAAUUAACCAAAAAAAGAAGAAGAAAGAAUUUUAAACAAAAAUCUUCCUGCGCUUUGUUACAAGUUUUUUGUUUUUUUGGGUGGUAUCUUGUUGGGUCCGUCUGGCUGCUCGCCUCUUGCUUCUGCUUCUUCAUCUUCAUGUUGAAAGAGAGGCAGUAAUAGGUAAAUCUUUCAAUCUACUCACUUUUCCCGGGGGCUGGGGGAAAGAGGGCAUCUUUACAUGGUCUUACUUAGUUGCUUCAUGAUUUCCCGUAUUCAGUUUGAAGAUCAUCAUCCUUUUUUUUUUAUAUGUGUAUUUAAGAUCAUCAUCUGAAAUACACAUAUAAAGCUCUAUGCUUAAUUUUUGGGAUUAACUUAUACGUAAUUUUUGGUUUUUUUGUUUUUUGGGUUGAAAAGGGGGGAGGGGGGUGUGGUGGUGGUGGGGUGGCUUUCUGAUUCCCAUAUGCUACCAGAAAGAAUAAAUGCCAAAAAAAAAGAAAGAAAUCGAGCACCCCUAAUAUCAAAGUUUUAACCUUAUCGCUGUUUUUGGUAUUUUUGCUGUUAGUGCAGGUGGUAUUAGGCGGUAAAGAUUUCAAAGCUUUUCCAGGUGGCAUUUGUUUCUUCUGUUUGUUUGCUGCUAGCAACCUGCAGUUUGUGCAGGCGAUCGAUUUGCUCCAUAGGUCUUGAUUUUGUUGCUUACUCUCUGCUAGUGUAUGCCCUCAGUCUUUGCGUCUGUUUUCCGCUUUCAGUCCAUGGAAGUUUUGGUGGUUGGGGUGGGGGUGGGGGGCCGGGCGUAAAUCUCAUCUGUAAUUUGUUCAUUGCCGACUACCUUAGCACUAUCGAGAUUCUUUCUGUAGAUUUACAGUCUUAAUAUGGUUUUUCUGAACUAGUAGGUUUUGUCUGGAAGCUUUAUCCGAGUCAAGUGAAGCGCCUGUAGACUUCAACAUCUGUUUGAAGUUCUGUGUGUGUGUGUGUGUGUGUGUUAGUUGAGGAUGCUGGAGCGCUACCAUUUACCUAAUAUCUGAUUGAAGUGUACUAUUUCUUAAGAAACUCUGUGCAAGAACGAACAACGAUUACAAUUCUUCAAGAAAAUGUAUGGGAGAGCUGGUCUUGAUCGCUUCAAGAAGGCUCAAACUUCGGAACCAUUUUCUGUCAGUGUGAGUAAUUCUUCUGCCAAUGCUAAAUCACCCACACAGCCUUCCAAUAAACCACUUGCCAGCCCUUCUGCUUCCAACUCUCAGCACCACCUAAGCCAGUUCCAUAACCAAAACCCUGGCUCCCAGAAGCCUCUACUGCCGGAUGUUGCACAACCUGUACCCCCUGUUCCCCCAACUCAGCCAGUGACUCAGGUUGGAGGGGGCCAAUCAACUUGGCAGCCCCCUGAUUGGGCAAUUGAACCUUGUCCUGGUUUUUAUUAUCUUGAAGUCAUCAAGGAUGGUGAGGUUCUUGAUAACAUCCAUUUGGAUAAGCGGAGGCACAUAUUUGGACGGCAAUUUCAAACUUGUGACUUUGUGCUUGACCACCAGUCUGUCUCACGGCAGCAUGCUGCUGUCAUUCCUCACAAGAAUGCAAGCAUAUACGUGAUUGAUUUAGGAUCUGCACAUGGCACAUUUGUUGCAAAUGAGCGGUUAACCAAAGAUUCCCCUGUUGAGCUUGAAGUUGGGCAGUCUUUACGGUUUGCAGCAUCUACGAGAACUUAUAUAUUGAGAAAGAACAAUGCAGCUCUUUUUCCGCCACCAGUACAUCCUUCAGAUAUUAAUAUACCCCCACCCCCUGAUCCUUCAGAUGAAGAAGCUGUUGUGGCUUACAAUACAUUUCUAAAUCGGUAUGGGCUGGGCAAGCCAGAUGAGUCUAAAUCUUCUGAUUUUGAUAGCUCCUUACAGGGGAAAGAUGAGAGGGCAGCUAAAAGGAUUAGGAGAACAAGAGUGGCUUUUAGAGAUCAAGUAGGGGGAGAUUUGGUUGAAGUAGUUGGAGUAUCGGAUGGAAUUGACGUCGAUACGGAGCCUGGUCCACUGGGUGUUAAAGAAGGAAGUCUUGUUGGGAAAUAUGAAUCCCUUGUACAAAUUACGGUGAUACCCAAAGGCAAGGAACAGUCCUCCUCGAAAGAAGUCGGUGUUUCCCAAGCGGGCGUAACUGAAAAACUUAAGCAAGUUCUAGACAAGGUAAAAACUCCUGUAAGGAGUGGGAUUUAUGAUGAUCUCUUUGGAGAAUCCUUUUCCGGUAAAGUUGGUUCGUCUUGGGCAUUUUCCUCCGCUAUAUCUGGUGAGACGCAAGCAUCUCCAGCCAGUGAGAUUGAAGGGACAGCUGAUGCUGCCUCUGGUGGAGAGCUCGAUAGUAGCUUAAGUGCGGUUGACAAUGAGGUUGAUGAUGAUUUAUUUGGCUAGCUUUUUGGCUAAGUUUUUUAAUUUUUUAGCUGAUGAGGAGGUUUUUUUCCUUCUGUAAAGGGACAUUUUUGUUGUACUUCGCUGUUAAAUAUCCUUUGUUUUGCAUCCUCAUCCGAGCUUCCAAAUUGCACUUCUUGAAAUUUUUGAUCUCUCCCUCUAACUUGAACCUUUAUGAUUUGAAGGAAUUGUACUGAUCAAUUGUUAAAGCUUUUAGUUAAUUAGAGCCUUUGAACCC